UCAAGAACGCUACUCAUUAAUACGCAUUUUCAUAUUGCGCUCUACGGAAGAUAAGAAAUCGUUUUUACACAAAUAAAUUUAUGUACCUUCAAUAAUAAUCGAAAUAAAAUAAUAACAAUAUAAAAUUUAAUCAUAUCUAAUGAGUAUGAAAUUAGUUCUCAUGUAUUUCAUUCUUAGUUGUGUUUCUGCAAACAAUAGUUCGAGUUUUGAGUUUCUAAAAUGUGUUCCGGCUUCGACUGAAGAUAUUCAAAAUGCAACAGUUGAUCCUGUCAGUAUGAAAAUGCUUGAUCACAUUAAAAGUCCAUUGGGCUUUGGUCUGGAUUGGCAUUAUGAAACGAUUACGGACUGUGAACGCACCGUACUUUGGAAUGUAUCACUCUCUAGCGAAACUUCAAUUGAUGUUCCGCCAAAAUCAUGUAUGCUUAUCGAGAACAGUCGACUCAUUGUUCUGUCGUGUAAACCCAUCAGUGACGUCACAGUGCCAAGUUCGCGAAUUGGUUUCAUCAACAAGUGCUGCCCACACGGCUAUAUAUACAGUUCAGAGUUCAGUAAAUGCCUUAUAGGUGAACCCGACUUCAACGUGUACUCUCAUAUCUUCGAUAGACCCAUGAUUUUUUUCGACAAUCCUUUUCAAUGUGCCAACAAUAAAGUUCUCGUCGAAUACUCCGUAGCCGCGAAAACAGUCGAUUUAAAGGAAAGUAGCCUUGUUUGGCAAAAUAAUAGCCGAUCUUUAAAAAUAAGUGAAUUUUGCAUUGAAGCAAUCAAUGGAAUUAAUAGAAACACCUCGAUUAUGCCGGUAAAUAAGAAUCAACAUUAUUUAAUACGCACUUGUCAACAAUCUAAAAUUUGCGAUUCGCUGCCAUGUGUUCGCAGAUGUUGUGCCGAUGGUGAAAUCUAUUUUAAAUAUAAUAUGACGACGAUUUGUAAAAGAGACGAAAGUGAUAAUUUAUUCGAGAGUUUUUCAAGUUUAAAGAUAAAUGGAAAUUUUACGAAACCCGCAGAAUUUGGAAUAUUACACGGAAUAGAAUGUCCAAAAUUUCGACUAGACCCAGACUCAUUCUCAGAUGAGGAACAUACAAUAAGCUCUGUCAACGGAGCUCUGUUUAUAACCAGCACAAGAAAAAAGUAUUCUAACAGUCAAUAUUGUAUUGAGAGAAUCAAAAACUCUUCAAUGACCGAUGAUAAUCUCUACACAUUUGUUUGCUUUGAUUCCAAAGUUGUGGGCAAUGAUCGCAUACGGUUCAAGAUGUAUCCGAUUGGUCUUCUAAUAUCCUGUUGCUUCUAUGCAAUUACCCUAAUAGUAUAUAUUUCAAUCGAAAAAUUGCGUAAUCUCCCAGGAAAAAUAUUAAUUUGCUUGGUAAGCAGUCUCCUUUUGGCAUAUUUGGGAAUUGCUUUGGGACAAUUAAUGCCUACCUCGAAUAAUAAAUUGUGCAUUAUUUCAGGUUUUCUUGUGUAUUUCUUUUUAAUGGCCGCAUUUUCUUGGAUGAAUAUUACAUGUUUUGAUAUAUGGAAGACAUUCGGGUCAACGAGAUCAAAGAGUGCACAACGAAGGGAACAACGAACUCGAUUUAUAUGGUACUCAGUGUAUGGCUGGGGAUUGCCAACAAUUCUAACAAUAAUAACAGCAUCAUUAAGUAGAUCAGAUGUCUUAUCAGAAAAUAUUCGACCCAAUUUUGGUAAUGGCAGAUGCUGGUUUACCUACGAUACCGUUGGGUUUGCGAGCUUACUAUUUUUUUCUGGACCUCUGGGAAUACUACUCAUCAUAAACCUUGUAUUAUUUUCGCUAACUUUAAAGUAUUGCAACAGAGUGAAAAGAGAAAUAUUUCGAAUGCAAAGCUCCAACGCUGAAAAACCCGCACUACGAAGUCGUUUCUUCAUGGAUAAAACUAGGUUUAUAAUGAAUACAAAGCUCUGCUUUGUAAUGGGAAUUACAUGGCUAUUGGAAAUUGCAAGCAUAUUGCUAUACGAUCACAAAAAGAAUUUUUUCUGGUCAAUAAGUGAUUCAUUUAAUGUACUGCUGGGAGUUUUUGUUUUCUUUAUUUUUGUUUUUAAAAGACGAGUAUGGAACGAGAUUAUGAUGAAGUUAGGUUUUCAAAAAAGAAGCGAUACAAGGAUAAAUGGAAAUACUACAUGUUUAACUCAAUCAACUUAUUCGGCACCGAGUAUCUCCAUGAGGAGAAUUGAUGUAGACGAUGGCGUGAAAUCCCUUACACGAAUUUAGUUGCACUAUCAUUAAAGACUAACAACAAAAUUUGCAAAUUAUCUUAUUAAAUUAAAAUUAAACAAAAUUUAA